GCUGGCCAAUCGAUGAGUCCGUCCACAGAACCUGCUGCGCGUGAGGCGGGCCUCUCUCGUCGUCGCGACGCUCGCCAAAGCGCUCCAAGUCAGGAUGUCGUUCUUACUGUCAAGCGGUGUGGAUCGGCCAGCGAUAGAGUAUGUGAAACUGAGCAGGGACAGAUUGGACGAGACCAUUGACAUGAUGGUCAACUGUUUCUUUUCACGUGAACCCAUGUUCUCGGUGCUGUCUGGCCUCGCGGGUGGCGCGCCCGAGGACCACCGUGCCUGGCUGAGUGCCUCGCUCCCCGAGUGGCACUGGGACGGCAGCUGUCUGGCGCUGGACGCCGGCACCGGCUGCGUCAUCGGCGCCAGCAUGUGCGCUGUUUACGGCGUCGACGAGGAAGAGCCCUGCUGGCGGCUGUCCGAGACGAAGAGCGAGACCGGCCGCGCCUACUGCAGCUUCGCCGACGAGAUUGGCCAGCGCUUUGACCCCUUCGAGAGCCUGAACGUGCCGACGGUCUUUGAGAAUGUGCUGCUUGUUGUUGAUCCCAGGUACUGCGGCCUGGGCGUGGCGUCGGAGCUGUGUCGCCGCUCGUCGGUGGAGUGCGCCGCGCGCUCUGGCGCGCCCGUUUCGCUCUGCUUCUGCACGUCCAGCACCACGCGGCGCAUCUACGAGCGCCUCGGCUUCACGUUCGCCUGUGAGAUCCCCUACGCCGGCUCGGCGCUGGAGCGGGUCGUGGACGUGACGUCGAUCCUGCCGCACCGCGCCUGCAGCGUCAUGUACAAGUGGAUGAGCAAUGCGUCGACAUCUUCAACGAGUUCUUGACGCGCGAACUACGUCGCUUGUUGUUGGUACAGACGUGGCGCGCAGUCGUGCACUGAGCCGAGGGCUUCUAUUGGCGUGAUGUAAUAUCCAGAGGACCAGAUUGUCCAUCACGUGACGUGUGGGACAGUCUGGUUAAAAUGAUAGAAGACGGGAGAAAGGAGGAUACAACAGGUACAGGUACAUGCACAGGUACAGGCACAGGUACAGGUACAGGUGCAGGUACACCCCGUACGGGGUGCACAGAGCGAAUGCAGUGCUCUAGUGCAGGGAGUUGAGGACGUACGUGUAACAAAGCGCUGCCCGCCUGCCGUCGGUGCUUUAUCGACGCAAGCAAUAGUCCGCCGCCAGGAAACGGACUCAGGUAGCCUUGUGACAGCGCAACAAGCAAACACGACGCAGCCAGAUUUCUGAGUCAUGUGGAGAUCUCGCAAAGUACGCAGAAGACUUGCCCUCCUCUGGUACAAAAAUGCCGUGGCGUGAGGACAGUAGAUCAAUAUGUAACAUACGCCAGGACCCGGAAUAAGCGUGAUAUGCUCCAACGGUUCACCGCAUAAUAAACACAUUUUUGUCCCCUAAAUGUAUUGUCCUCUUACACGUGGGCUACAUGUUUGAAGUUCCUGCUCCGGUAACUUGAGACCUCGUUUUAAGAGGUCAGCACGGCGAAAGGGGCAGAACUAGCGCUCCUCGACGCGUUUCUAGGUCGGUUUUUGACCACGUCAUAAUGUUUCGGCAAAGUCAGUGGAAUAAAACGUUGUAGACCUGACAGUACUUUAAAUUUUCUGCAUGAUUGUUUGCGUAAUCGGGCCGCAAGGUGUCCAUUAAAAGCCAGAGCA